GCCGCCGGCGGGGCAUUGCCCUUUUAAGCUGUGGCCCCACUUGCCUCCUCCCCGGCUCCCGGAGGGGCUCCGCCAGCAGCCGCCACCUCCCUCCCUCCCUCCCUCCCUCCACCCGUCCGUCCGUCCGUCCGUCCCUCCCGCUCCCGGCGAGCGGCAGCUGCGGGCCGGGCCGCGGAGCGCGGAGCCCCCGGGCUGCCCCUGCCCUCGGCUCGGGGACCAUGGGAUGCUGCACCGGGCGCUGCACCCUGAUUUUCCUCUGCACUUUGCAGCUGCUUGCUGCAUUAGAGAGGCAAGUGUUUGAUUUCCUGGGCUACCAGUGGGCCCCCAUCCUGGCCAACUUCCUCCACAUCAUCAUCGUUAUCCUCGGCCUCUUUGGCACUAUCCAGUAUAGACCUCGCUACAUAGUGGUGUACGCCAUCUGGACUGCAAUUUGGGUCACCUGGAACAUCUUCAUCAUCUGCUUUUACUUAGAAGUGGGAGGGCUCUCAAAGGACAGUGAACUCCUGACAUUCAAUAUCUCCCGGCACCAGUCCUGGUGGAGUGAAAAUGGUCCUGGCUGCGUAAGGAAGGAGGCGUCAAUGUCUGGCAUCAAAGGGCUGGACAGCCAUUCCUACGUCUCUGUGAUCGGCUGCGCCCUGGAGUACCGGUACAUCGAGGUCAUGCACAGCUCCUUCCAGAUCCUGAUCGCGCUGGUGGGCUUUGUCUACGCCUGUUAUGUUGUCAGUGUUUUUACAGAAGAAGAAGACAGCUUUGAUUUCAUUGGUGGAUUUGAUCCAUUUCCUCUCUACCAUGUCAAUGAAAAACCCACCAACCUUUUGUUCAAGCAGACAUACCUGCCUGCGUAAAUGAGGAGGAGCCAGAGGAUGGACCAGCCUUGCACGGCACCAAAGGUGCUGCAGAAAACAAUCCCCUGGGGCCUGGAUCUUUGGCAGAGGAAAAGCAGGAUGGUGAACUCCAUUCCAUUUUUUGUUCCUUGUCUUCUUUUCAAACGCAAUGAAUGUACAUUGAAGAAUGGCCAUGCAGUUGGUUUUUAAUUCUCCAAGUGCCCUGAUGAACCUUUUCUACCAUCGCCUGGUGGUACAAGCCAAGAAAUGGCCUGAAAAAGCUUCAGGCAGAACAAGUUCACCAAGAGCAUCUCUCCAGAGAUACAGUUGAGGUCGGAGCUGCUUCCUUGUGCCAGGAUCCAUACAGAAGGAAGCACUGUGGAACACCCUGGGACAUUUCCUAUGUUUUGUAGUUAGCUUCUUCCCCUUCUUCUCUCCCUUGUUCUGAAAAGAGCCUAAAUCCCCUAACACAACUUCAUCUCCUCCUUGCCUGCAUAGAACUAGGUGGGAGCUAUUUACAUUUGAGUUAUUUAGGCUUUUUUUUUUUUUUUUAAAGUUAUAGAUGAGAGCUCUUCCCUCAUCCUGUCCAUUCAGGGCUCCCUUCUUCAUUCUUUAUACAUAGUCAGCAUCUAAGCAACAGGCACUUGUCCUGGAUUUCAGUGGUUUGUGACCCAACUCCUAUAAUACUAAACAGCUAAAAACAAGCACCAAGUCUUUAAUCAGCAUGGAGCUUAGCCCCAUUUCAACAUGCCAAGCCAUUCACAGAGCAGCUGGAGCUUGCUCUGGGUUUGCCCAUUUACAUUAAAUUAACACUGGUGUAGCCAUACACACAGCCAAAACCUGCUGCGGGACACUGGAAAUGCCCAGUUCUUCAUGGAUCACAGAUGCUUUGGUACCUGCCUUCUUCACCAGGCUUAUUCCAGACACGAGUCUAGCAGCACCCCGAUGGAAGGGAUUUUUGGGACACAAUUUUGAGGGGAGGGAAUGGGUGGAAGGGGGAAUAUAAGUGUAAUUAAGUUGCAUUAAUGAGCUGCAGCAAUUAAUUAAAAAAAAUCCAAACACAAUACACAAAAAACAAUGCCAGUUUUGUUAGCAAUGUCUCCCAGCACAUGAAGCAUCAAGUGGAAAAAGGGCACUUGUCAGCAUUCCAUGGCUGGUACCUUCCAAGUGCUGGUGUAAUUCCUUAUUGUCUUGCCUAAUCUGGUUGAGAUUACUUGGGAUUUUUGAGGAAUGCUUUUCAGAAGAGCCAAGCUAGAAGCCACACAAGGAAGGGGAAGUGAGAGGGAAGAAUUAAAAGAAAUAAAAAUAUUAAGUGCUAAGUCAAA